CCAACUCACCUCACUCGCAUUUUGACAUUAGCAGCGGCGCGAGCUGUUCUUACGUUUCAGACCGAGAGAGAGAGAGAGAAUGGGGUGGAUCGGAGAAACCGUCGAUUCCAUCAAAUCUCUACAGAUCAGACAAGUCCUCUCGCAAGCUGUUAGUCUUGGUAUGAUUGUCACGUCAGCCCUGAUAAUAUGGAAAGGAUUAAUGUGUGUAACUGGUAGCGAAUCACCUGUUGUUGUUGUGCUUUCUGGAAGCAUGGAACCUGGCUUCAAAAGGGGUGACAUUUUGUUCUUGCAUAUGAGCAAGGAUCCUAUUCGUGCAGGAGAAAUUGUUGUGUUUAAUGUUGAUGGACGUGAAAUUCCUAUUGUCCACCGAGUAAUUAAGGUUCAUGAGCGUCAAGAUACUGGAGAAGUUGACGUCCUUACAAAAGGGGAUAAUAAUUUUGGGGAUGAUAGGCUUCUGUACGCGCAAGGCCAGCUCUGGUUGCAUAGACACCAUAUCAUGGGGAGAGCUGUUGGGUUCUUACCUUACGUUGGUUGGGUGACUAUUAUCAUGACUGAGAAACCUAUCAUCAAGUAUAUACUUAUAGGUGCACUGGGACUGCUGGUCAUAACAUCAAAGGAGUAGGAAAUCAAGUUAAUCCCUUGAUAUUAACCAGAAAACAUUUACAUCUAUGCAGAUUUCUCUCUCUCUCUCUCUCUCUCUCUCUCUAACAGUUUGUAAACUGGUGCUUUAGAAUAUAUUUACCAUCUCUGGUUUUUAUAGACUGGUAAUUAGCAUAGAUGGAAUAUAUUGAUGGACAAAUUUUCUAUCUUGUGAUGCGGGUUUUGCAUGAGCAAUUAUUGGAGUAUUGUUGGCCGUUCAACUAUGGUUACGUAAGAGCAUUGGCAAUGCAAAAUGUCACAUUUAGCAUUUAUUGUCAAAUUUUAGCAAUGUAAGUACUAAAAUUUGGCAACAUUACUCCAAUGCUUGUGUAAAAUCAUCAUUUCUUGUUUUCAACUACUGUGGGAUUUUAAUAAAGUACAUCUAACUGUUGAUAGGAAUGU